AGCCGGAAGGGGGGCUGUGAGGACGUGUUUCGUGGAAGCCGGAGCGGGACCCGGCGGGGCCGGCAACAUGGAGCCGCUGUACCAGCAAACGCACAAGCAUGUCCAUGAAAUCCAGUCUCACAUGGGACGCCUGGAGACGGCAGACAAGCAGGCUCUGCACUUAGUAGAAAAUGAAAUCCAAGCAAGCAUAGACCAGAUAUUCAGCCAACUAGAGCGUCUGGAGAUUUUGUCCAGCAAGGAGCCCCCCCACAAAAGACAGAAUGCCAAACUCCGUGUCGACCAGUUAAAGUACGACGUCCAACACUUGCAGACUGCUCUUCGAAAUUUCCAGCACCGGCGGUAUGCACGGGAGCAGCAGGAGAGACAGCGAGAGGAGCUUCUGUCUCGCACCUUCACCACAAACGACUCUGACACCACCAUACCAAUGGAUGAAUCACUGCAGUUUAACUCCUCCCUCCAGAAAAUUCACCACGGCAUGGAUGACCUCAUUGGAGGCGGGCACAGUAUUCUGGAGGGACUGAGGGCCCAGAGAGUGACCCUGAAGGGGACCCAGAAGAAGAUCCUCGACAUCGCCAACAUGCUCGGCCUGUCCAACACGGUGAUGCGGCUCAUCGAGAAGAGGGCCUUCCAGGACAAGUACUUCAUGAUCGAUUCCCCGGGAGAAGACCAGCAGGCAGUCUGGGAGACUCCAGGACCCGCAGGGCCUGCGCCGCUCACCCUCCACCGUGCCUCCUCCCCUCCAAGGAUGACAAGCCCACUGCUCAUCUCCUUGGUCAGCUGCCUCGUUGCUGUGGAUCAAGCCAGCCUCAUCGGCCGCUGUGACUUGGCCAAGGUGCUGCACCAGGAGGACUUGGAUGGGUUUGAGGGCUACUCCCUGACUGACUGGCUGUGCCUGGCUUUCGUAGAGAGUGAUUUCAACAUAACAAAGGUAAAUGAAAACACAGAUGGCAGCUUUGACUAUGGCAUCUUCCAGAUCAACAGCCACUACUGGUGCAACGAUUACCAGAGUCACACGGAAAACAAUUGCCAAGUGGACUGUCAAGAACUGCUGAGCCCCAAUCUUCUCGCAAUUAUCAACUGUGCAAAAAAGAUUGUGUCCGGAGCGGGGGGGAUGAAGAACUGGGUAAAAUGGAGGUUGCACUGUGCCGGCCGGCCCCUCUCCUACUGGAUGACAGGCUGUCACCUGGCAUGAGGCAGGGAGCAGGCCUGUGGUGGAGUCAUUCCAGAACUCCGCUCCUCACUCGGGAAUUCUUCAGUUCUUCUUCCUCGUGCCUCCACUUCAUGUUAUUUUCCUCCCUUCC